UCUCACAGCAUAGUCGCGUGUUGAACCUGGCCAAGUAGAGUUCACCGUCAUGAACAACGACGAUGAAGAGCUCGCAGCGUACCAAGCGUCGAUCAGCGCGCAAAAUGACCCGAGCCAGGGCCAGGAACAAAAGGGUGGCGCCUUCGAACGCAUGAAGGGCGAUGAUCCAAACUGGCGCGUGAAGACCGGCGAGGGACAGGCCACUUUGGCGGACAUCAAGAAACGCCGUCGCGACGAGUUGGAAGAAGCGCAGGAAGAAGGUGUCAGUAGGAAGUUCAAGAUUGUGAACUUUACCAGUGAAGAUAGCGCGGUCGUCGGCGAGAAGACCAUCAUCUCUCACUAUUGCUCUAUUUGCGGGGAGCACUGCGUCGCUGCAGAUGCAAAGAUCAUGAAGCUCCCAAGAAGAAGAACAGACAAGUCCUUUGCCCUAGAGGAGGCGAUGCACUUCCACAAGAAGUAUGCCAACUUUGGUGAGAGGAUAAAUCUCAAGAGGCCCAAUGGCGUGGAACAGCAGUACCGCUUCUAUUGCAGGCAAUGUCGUCAGCCCUUGGGCUAUCGACCGAGACCGGACUCGGAGACGUGCAAGUUCUCCUAUUUCUACCACGAUGCUCUGGUGGAGGAGCAGAGUCAUGCCAUCGCCCUCCGAUGAGGUGGGCGCCUGAGGAGAGAUGGUAGCCUGCUAUAGUCCAGUCAGCAGUGGCCAUGGUGGCUUCCCUGAGAAACCCCAAGGACCCAAG